GAGAACCCCCCCUCCCCCCUCCGGGAAUGAGCAGCGGCUCCUCGUCUGCUCCGGGGCCCCGGGUUUAAAGCCCCCACCCCUUGUAUUUGGUGCCCCCCCCCGCCGCCCGAGAGGAUGCUGUCCGAGCAAGCCCAGCGGUGGUUCCCCACCCACGUGCAGGUCACGGUCCUGCAAGCCAAAGCCCUGAAGCCCAAAGGCAAGAACGGCACCAACGACACGUACACCAUCAUUCAGCUGGGCAAGGAGAAGUACUCCACCUCGGUGGCCGAGAAGACGCUGGAUCCGGUGUGGAAAGAAGAGGCCUCGUUUGAGCUGCCGGGAUUACUGGUGCAAGGCAGCCCCGAGAAGUACAUCCUCUGCCUGGUGGUCAUGCACAGGUCGCUGGUGGGGCUGGACAAGUUUUUGGGGCAGGUGGCUAUCAAUUUGAACGCGAUCUUUGAGGACAAGCAAAGGAGGAAAACGGAGUGGUUUAGCCUAGAAUCCAAACAAGGCAAAAGGACUAAAGACAGAGGAGAAAUAAAAGUCAGUAUUCAGUUUAUGAGGAAUAAUAUGACAGCAAGCAUGUUUGACCUGUCGAUGAAAGAUAAAACAAAAUCCCCUUUUGCUAAACUAAAGGACAAAAUGAAGGGUCGAAAAAGUGACGGGACGUUUUCGGACACAUCUUCUGCAAUCGUUCCAAGUACUCACACACAUGAUGCAAACAUUGAAGCAUCCAGUAGUGAAAUGCAAAUGAAAUCAAAACCAAAAAAACCUUUCCUUUUGGGACCUCAGCGACUCUCUUCAGCUCAUUCGAUGUCUGAUUUAACUGGGUCUCAUGCGUCUUCAGAAAAAUUGAAAUCCAGUGCAAUUGGUCACACUCAACUUUUCCGACGUCAGCUAGAAUCCUUUAGUUCUGUUGAUGAAACAGGAAGUAUAAAAUCUCCACAUAGGAGGACAUUGAGUGCUGAUACUUCUAAAAUGAACCAGGAUGACAGCACAGGUGGCGAAAGAGAAUCAGCUUUUGAAGCACAAAAUGAUCCAUUUACAAACGUGAGUGCUUCAUUACCCCAAAAGUUUGCUACUCUGCCAAGACAAAAAAAUCCAUUUGAAGAAACUCCUUCAUCAUGGGAUCAGAACAUAAAUCUGUUUUCUAAACCUGUUGAAAUCAAAAAAGAAACCAGAAAAGAGAAAAAGGAGAAAGUUAGUCUUUUUGAAAGAGUGACUGGUAAAAAAGAUAGCAGGAGGUCGGAUAAACUUAGCAAUGGGGGAUCAGAAAGUUCUACUGACUUGAAAUCACCUAGUGCAUUUGGUGAAAUUCAUCAGGAGAGUUUUAAUUACGAUUCAACUAAUCCGUUUACAGCAAACUUCAAGCCUACAAGCGUGUUGCCAUCAUCUAGUUUCAAGAUGAAUACACCAAGCAUUGAAGACCUCAGGAAAACAACAGAUGGAAAUCCUUUUGAUGCUACUGCAGGGUACCGUAAUCUUACAUAUGAAGAGGUCUUGCAAGAGUUGGUGAAACACAAAGAGCAGCUUAAGAAGAAAGACACCCAUAUCCGUGAACUUGAGGACUACAUUGACAAUCUUCUUGUACGAGUAAUGGAGGAAACACCUAGUAUUCUCAGAGUACCAUAUGAACCUUCCCGAAAAGCCGGCAAAUUUUCCAAAAGCUAAAAUCUCAACUUUUCAUGUUAAUAUUGAAUGUGUUAGUGUACGGACAUAACACUACACAGCAGAUUUAUUACAUUCGGUUGCAUAUUCCAUUCCUCUUUUCCUAAGAAAUCCUUUUUUUCCACUCCAGGUACUAGCAGGGACUGCCACAACUAAUACACUAUUAUAUAUGUUAAGUUAAAGAACUUCCUGAAGAAAAAAAUGAGAGAUAUGGUAAGUGAAUGCCUCUCAUCUGUUUUUGGAAAUUGCAUUUAGCUGCAGAAUGUUGCUUACAGUACUGUAAAGAAUAUACUUUAAAAAUGGUUGUGUGUUUUUUUACACAAUAGCUUAUAAUGUUCCUCAUUGCAGUUACAGCUAUGAAACCAUGUUGCUAUUUUCUUUAUUAAUUACUUGGUACAAUAUUAUACACAGUCAUUCUUUUUGGUAUUACAGCAUACCAUUAAGGCUGUCAUUUGCAAGUCAGCAUUGUAUAUUUUGCCAAUCUAAAUGUGAGUUGUUGCAAUGUGGUAUUUUAACACAGUUCAUUCUCAAGUUUAUCAGAGGGAAACAUGAGACCCACAAGUUGAGAAGAGGAAAUGCUGCAUCAUAUACAGUGAGAUUGUUGUGUCAGUUCAGCAAUGGCAUACACUUCAGUCAAUUAUUUUAUAUUUAAAUUCUGAAUUUUUGUAUACAGGGAAUGUUUGAACUUUCAAAUGAGCUAAUUACACAAUGGGUUUUUGCAUAAAGUAACGGCAUGCCUCUGUAUGUGUUAAAAUGAUACAAAAAUGUUCAUGGGGUCAGAAGUAGGAUUGAAGAAGGUCAUGGAUAAAGAGUUAAAUGGUUUGUUCACUCAAAGCCUAGAGCAGUAAAAAUGUAGGAGAUAUAAAUAGACUGACUUAAAUAGAUGUGGCAAUUUUGAAGAAUUAAAGUAACUCAAUUUCAAAUUGAGUUUUUCAUGUUCUUCAUCUGUUCUUGGAUGUCCAGAUCGUGUGACAAAAAAGAAAAUACUGUUAAGAAAACAUUAGAUUACUUAGGCAUAUCUAGAGUAUUUUUU